UUGGCUUCAGAUUUCGUUAGACGUGGUUAAAGAAUGAAUCUGAAAAGAAGAAUUAUAGUAUUAAUUUUCCUCUUAUAUCUUUGGGAGAGUGCGAAAGGCCUGGAACUGUACCCAGGACAGUGUCCUCGCCUGAGUCCCGUCAAAAACUUCGAUCUCCAAAAGUUCCUGGGCGUUUGGUAUGUGCAAUCCUUCUAUCCAUUCGACGAUGAACCCAUGCUGGAGUGCCAGCACUUUCUCUACCAAAGCCACAAGGGUCGUUUCUAUGAAUUCGAGCUACUGCUGGAUAACGAUCACGAUAAACAAGUAAUGACCCGUUCGAGUGUUAUAAGAUACCAUGAAAACACCGGCGGCAUCGAAGUCAAGCGACGCAAUAGCUCCUAUGACAAUCCGCCUCACCACAAAACCAUUCCUACUCGACCGCAUCGCUUUACAAUGUACCCCCUGGCCCUGGACUAUGACUCCUAUGUGGUCAUGGUCACCUGCAACAGCCACAGAAGGAACCAGCAUUACCUGGGCGCCUGGAUAAUGACCAGACAUUGUAGGCCACCAGGAAAGUUCGUUUUGGCCGCUCAGAAUGCCCUGAUCAAGCAGGAUAUCGAAGUCGUGAACAUGAUACAUGCCAAUCACUUCAACUGUGAACUUUUCAAAUGGUGAUUUACGAAUUUCCAGAACACUGCAAUGCUAUAUUCGGCAAAAAUUAAUUCUAUACUUCGAAUUUCCCAUAAAAUGAUCCCCUUGAGAUUCGCUAUGUAGAUGGAAGUUUGUCUGUAUUUGAAUUCUGUUUCGUUUAGAAUAAACGCUGAAAUGAGCAAUGGAGCUGGUAAAUAUUGGGAGUAAUUCGAAAUUAGUAGGAUUUUAGUACUAGUAAAUCACAUAUCCGCGAGUUAUAUUGAAAAAAACACCCCCAGAUCAUGA